GUACAGGCACAGCAAGUGACUGAUAGAGAGGUUUGCUUUCCUGAGAGGGAGGAGCUUGUACUUUUCCACUGUCUUACCUGUUUUAAAAUCACAGGUUUAGUAGGUGUAAACAAGACUGUCACAAGUGUAUCAAAAGUAAUGCCAAUGCAUUUUGUUUUUCAAGCAAGAAAGGUUGAAUUAUUACAUUUUUGCUGUUGCUUCCAACACAUCUAAGGAGAAAUGCAAAGUGAAAGAAGUGAAGAAGAAAACAAUAAGGUUAUUCGUCUAACAGAGAUCAGGCUUCUUCUAGCUGGCUGGUUCCUGUCUGGGAAAACCUGGGUAGGAGACAUCAUACUGGGUAUUCCACUGGGAGAAAGAAGGAGAACCUACCAGAGUGAGGUGAGACAGGGCCAGGUGGGUCGAUGGAUGGUCCGGCUUGUAGACACUCCUGGUUGGUUGAGGCGUAGCUUCCUCAAAGACACUCCAGAGAUCGUAAAGCAGGAAAUAACAAGAGGAGUUUCUCUCUGUACUCCAGGGCCUCACACCAUCAUCCUGGUGGUCUCCACUGCCGUUGCUUUCACCAAGGUUCACUUGAGCUCUAUCAAAGAGCACAUGAAUCUUCUUGGUCCUGAUGUUUGGAGACAUACUCUUGUGCUCUUUAGCUGGUGUGAUAGCCUCGAAACAACCACUGUGGAAGAGUUCAUAGAGGGUGAAGGCAGUGCCCUCCACUUUCUGCUGAAGAAAUGUAACAACAGGUACCACAGCUUCAACAUUAAUUCCAAUAAUCCGGCUCAAGUCACACAACUUCUUGAAAAGAUUGAGUGGAUGGCGACAGAGAACAGCAUCUUUUAUCCUAAUGUAGAUGAGACAGACAAGUGGGAAGAAGAAACUGUGACAGAGGCCAUGUCACCACCAGGAGAAUCGCUUUUUGAGCUGUUUGUGAAUUUUUGCAAAGAGAGAGCAGAAGACCUUGUGAUGAGCAUUAGGAAGAUACUAAUCAAGCAAGAGAAGGCCUGCAGCAUAUCUGAACCCCCAGAUAUGUCUGAUGAAGAACACAAGUCAACUGAGGAGAAGGUCUCUACAUGGCUAAGGGAACAGCAGUUUGGGGGAGAAGAUACGUCUGAGUAUUAUUCUGAUCUUGAGUCAUCAUGGAGCAAUGAGUAGUAUCAGCAAUCAAGGAAUAAACAGAGGUACAAUAUAGCAUAGUACUUGCUGUAGUGAACACAUUAGAUUCAAGACUGUGACUUUUUUUUUAGCAAAUAUAUUACAUACUGUGAAACUACAUUAUUACACAGUUCAUUAAAUAAGCAUAGCAACAGUUUCAACAAAAACAAAACAUUAUAAAUGGGUGUUAUAUGAUAUUUUCUUUAAAUAUUAGUCUAUUCAUAUUGUAUAUAACCUGUGAAAUGUAUCAUUAUCUUUGGUUCAAUGGAAGUAUAGCAAAUUUUAUUGCAUCUGAAUUUGUGAAAGUGUCUCUGGACAAAUAAGGAUCACAAAGGAAGGAUACUGAGCUUCUUCAGUUUAAAGGAACAGUUUCACAUUUUUGGACAUUUUUAUACUUAUUCAGCCUGGCUCUGUCCAAAGGUAACAAAAUACACCUGAUCUGUCCUGCACAUAACAACCAGUAAAACCAGAAGUUGGGUAUUUGCAUGGAUCAAACACAAUAAUAACAUGUUAUUACAGAACAUUAGAUGUGCUGUCAGGCAGAUUUUGUUAUUUUUGGAUGGACCCAGACUAGCUGUAUCUCAUGUUUCCAGUCUUCAUGCUAAGUGAAAAUAACCUAGUUCUGUAAAUUUAAGGGAAUGGAAAUUUACAGUCUUGUUCUCAAAGAUGGAAUAAUGAAAUCCUUCAAUAUAUGUGUGGUAUUAAACUAUUCCAAAAAAGUAACAUAUUUCUAUAGGGCAGCUGUGAAGGUCCUGACCACUCUGCUACUAGGUACGUUAUACUGAUUGACAACGUUCUGUUCUGUGCUGUUAUGUAAUGUUGACUGUAACUUCAGAUAGGAGUUUUUCAAUAUACCAAUACAGACGAUGUGUUAGAAAGGCUGGACUUCUACUGCAGAAUAACUGUAGAGCUGUGUGUUUAGUUCAGGGAUUAUGCACCACCUACUGGCUGGCUGUAUUAAUGCUUCCCAGUUAGUUAGACAGCGGAGAGUACAGUUGCCGUUUGCAUGGUAUUGUACAGCUGACAGAGCUGUUGUGCGUUCUUGAAUACUUGUAAGGACUUUCCUCUUUUGUUGUUCUUUAGGUUUUGUGUGGAGACAGCUAUUUUCUAGAUUAUUUUAAGGUCAGGUCCGUCAAAGGUCAAACUGUAUUAGAUUGUGCAGAAUUAUAGCAGUGCCAUGUAACAACAUAUCAUAUCUAAAGUGUGUUUUAAAGUGAGACUACGUUUUGAAAAAGAAAUCAUAUACUGCCUCUUACAAAUGAAGACUAUACAUUCACCAAUGUUCAGUUCUAUACACUCAGGGGUUGUGUUGCUCAGCCUCACUUCAUCUGGUCUUACUAUGACCAGUGGUUAAUGUUAGCUGGUGUUAGGUGCAGCUAUGUAACUGACGUUACUGAGUCACUCUGCUGACUUUCUAACUUUUUGCUAUAUUUCCUACGGAAAGCUACAUUUGAAAUUAAGACUUGUGGCCAAAGUGGCUGGUGUUUGUUACAGAGUCUCACUUAAGUAUUUAUGUGUGGAAGCAUGCAUGUGUUAGUGUCAUUGUUCAUGUAGAUGCUGUAUUGUGCAGUAUGUGUUUGGGCUCGGUUACGCAAAAUAAAAAAUAGAAAA